CCAGAGCGAGGACGAGUGUCCCUAGUAUUGGCCCAGCUACGGCCCUGCUCUCACCAGCACCAUGAGAGUCGCCAGCCCGUCCUCUCUCCUGCUCCUCAGGCCCACGGGGUCCCCGUGGCCACUCCUCCUCCUACUGCUCCUGCUGGGGCUGCCGGUUCACGCCGCUUCGCAGCGCAAGCACUUCGACGUGGACUUCGGCGGGAGUUCGGGUCCUGCGCGAGUGGUCGUCGACGAGAGCGAGGGGACGGUCUCCAUCACUCCCGCCGGCGCUUCGCAUCCGCACACGCUCGUCGACCUGAGGAAGGGUGUCGUCGUGUACAUAGUCGACCGCGAGUGCCUGGUGAGCUCAACGCCCCGCGGGACCCAUCGCUAUGCCCGGCUCCUCGACGCCUUCUCUUCCUCUAUGGCUUCUGGGUCAGGAGGUCACGACCCCGGCACUCUCUACGUGUCGAGGGCCAUUCCCAGCCAUCGGGUGAGAUCCGAGGUGGGGCGUCACCUGGCCGCCUGGUGUCAGCAGCGGCCGACGUGGAGGCUGUCCCGCCGCCGCCCCUCCCUCCCCUCCUACAGGGACUACCUCAGGAAAUACGCGGCCAACCAGACUGCCGUGGCCGUAGGAGCGCACGUCCGCCGCAAGAGGCGAGCAGGGCGCAGACGCCGCCCGCACAGGUCCGUGGGCGGCAGGAACAAAAAAGGGCGCAGGCGCGGCAAGAAGGCCAAGAAAGCCCAGACGAAGGCCCUGAGAAGGAGCAAGAAAACAGCCAAGGCAAAGGCAUCUCCGCGACUGGAGUUCCCGGCCGCACAUGUUCCCAAAGUCCGGCCGGAAGAAGGCCCAGAAGAUUCGGUGACCGCCAAGAGUCCGGUCGUCCUCCAGGAGGAGCCCUACCUCUCUCCCUCGUUCGUCCGGAAUGAGGACGAAGGCCAGGGUUUUAGGCAUUACCGGGAUUUCUACCACAACUCCGACGGGGACCUGGACGGCGAGGAGAGCGCGUCGGCCCCGAUUCGCCAUCGCUCCAAGCCCAAGACGAAGAGCAGCGCCCGUUUGCGGUCCAGGAUCGACAUCCCCGAGACGAUCGUCAAAGACGGUCAGAUCUUCUACAGGUACGACGCCGAGAUUGACUCCGGUAGGAACAAGAAAGACCAGAGUAAGAGGAGCCACCAGGGCAGUCAAGAGUACUUAGAGGGCGUGGAUGACUUCGCGGCGACGUCUGAUAAGCACAUCCCUGAUGCAUCUCCUGACAUCUUAGUUGACGGACCCUUGGGAGCCGGAGAGUAUGGCGGCGGUGUUCUCGUUGAUCAUAACUUAAUAAGCGACGAUUAUCCACUCGACCUUCAAGUGUCACACGUACAGACACAAGCACAGAUGGGAGGCGGUAACCACGCAGCUUCUGCUGGAGCCCAGAUGGACUCCGGGCCAGCAGUGCAAGUCCAAGGAAGUGCAACUUCAGGAGGGUUCUUCUCAGCACAGGCUCAGAGCAUGGGACACCAGGGUAUGAGUCAAACGCAGGUCCAAGGAAGUAAGCACGGGGUCCAGGGAUCUGCUAUGACCCAUGGCAAGGGUCAGCAUUCCCAGGCACAGGUUCAGAUGGGCGCCCACUCUCUUUCUGCCGCCCAGGUGCUGUCCCACAACAAUUCUCUCUCGUCGAUAGUGCAGGCAACGCAAUUAGGGGGCAGCGCCGGGUCCGAAGCACAUGGCCACGGUCUGUCCACGAGCCAUGCGCACAUGGACUUCCAUCCGUCCCAACAGUACCACGGAGGAAGCAAUGGGCUUCACGGCCAGGGAGCUGCCUCUGCUUCUGUCUCAUCGCAGGGGAGUUCUUCCUUAGCUUCACUCACGGGGGACAUUCCAACAGGUUCUUACCUUGGCACCGCUCAGUCCACCAUGUCCAACCCUCACUUGCACCACGAACUGACUCAAGAUAACUAUGCUCUGAAUGCUGAUGGUGUUCACGGAAAUACGGUGUAUGAUGUUCAUGAAACACACUCAGAUCCGGCGGGUAUAAGGGGAGACAAUGCAAUCCACACAGAAUUUGGACAGGUGGAGGCAAUCAGAACAGACUUUGGACAGGGUAAUGCGCAAGGUGCAGACUAUGGCGGUGACAUUGGCCUUGGGGAAACAGCCCACACGCAGUUCAUUCACGGAAGCUCAGGAGGAAACAAUCAAGUUGUUUUCACACAGGGUGGACAGGUUCCAGGGCAGUACUUGCAAGCAGGAGACGUGAGCAAACAGCCUGAAGGAGUAAGAGUAACGUAUAGACAGGAGGGAGGUGAUAUAUCCAGACAGACUGAGCAAGGAAUUAAUAUUCACAAUCAGUUUGAACAAACAAGUGAUAUUCACGGACAGUUUGAACAAGGAAGUGAUUUCCAUAGACAGUUUGAGCAAGGAAACUAUAUUCACAGACAGCCGGGACAAGAAAGCUCUGUGAGCGGUGAGGGAAGUUCACAGUAUGAUCGGUACGAAGAAAGGAAAACUGGACACUUUGGCGUGGACGGUGCAACCCUCGACCAGCCGGAGCAGCACAGCCAAUUACACGCCGAAUUUGAACAUGAGAAUCUGGUGCAUGCGGGGCUGCCUGAAGAAAGUCCAUUGCAAGGGCAAGAGGAUGCAUUGCUAGGGGGAUUAAAUAAAAAUCCUAAUAUGAGGAUUCAUAGCCAAACUAAUGGCCAUGGAGAUUUACCACUUUUAAACGAGGACUUGCAAGAAUUACAUCCAAUUGACGGUUCAUACCAUCCUUCUGCUAUAGGAGGCACAUCCAGCAUGGGACAAGACAUGCUGGGCAGCAUCAUGGAAACGGUCCACCAACCAGACAUGCAGCCAGCAGUUGCUAGUUACCCUGCCUCAGAAUGGUCUUUCUCCGGCCAGGACUACCAGUACAUCGACCGGGACGGACUCCACGGCGGGGCUGGGAUUCCCCCAAGGGAGAGCGAGAUCGAGCAGUCGUCCGUCCCCAGUGACUUCGAGGAGGGCGACGGGCGGUCGUCAUAUGACGGGAGGACCGACUUAGCGACUUUAACGCAUGACAGUCUCGACGCACUUCCCGGGCAGGGAGAGUUCCAUAACGUCCCGAAGAUCGACUAUGACUACAACGCCUUUAGGGAUUAUAGCUAUGAGGAGGGAGAUUACGGACAUAAUAUUGGCAACGGCUUUAACCCCUCUGACCUAGAUUUUUAUCCAGAUUAUAUCCCUACCGAAGUUGUACAGUCACCCUAUUUAUACCCUUCCACUGCAGAGGCGGCUCCCCUACCUCAGCCCGCCGUGUCGCCCCAGAGCCCGCAACAGCCAUUCGUUCCGGGGCAGAGAGAACCAGAGCUCACCACACCGGUGCCUCGUAUAGUAGUUCACCAGGUGCAGAUGUCUUUACCACAGCCCGGCGACGAUGACCUCCCUCACACUCCCACACAGCCCCCCUUCUCCCCACAACCCACAACUAUUCCUACUAUAUCCCCGCAGCUUCCACCACUGAUUGCUGUCCCAUAUGGUGCUUUUGCACAGCCUGAAACAUCACAGGAUGGUUUAACGCAACCUGCGGCACAUCACACUACCGCAAUGCAACCGGUAGUGCCCCAGGGCACUGUGCCACACGUGAGUAUGCCCGCUCCACAGCACGUGGAUGCUACUGGACCUCAUAUGCCUGCACCACAGCCACGCCCUCAUGAAGGCUCUGUGUCAGCGUCCCAGCCAGAGUCUCAACCUCCCACAAUCCCACCGGUCCCCCUCGAGGGGGACGGAGGCGUGGUGGACGACACACAGAUGGUAAUGCAGACGAUACCUUUACCAGGAGGUCCGGGAACGACUCUCACACUCCCGAACGUCCCUGGCUCACCCACCAUCAACGUCAUGGCCAUGCCAGCAUCUGGCAGGAGGCCUGACGGGUCCAUACAGCCCGGCGAGAAGAUCCCAGGGACCCGUGGAUACAGCGUCCCAUCCGGAUUCCGAGGUCGCGUGGUCCUGGGUAAUAGUAUCUCGGCCGCCGGCUUUAACGGCCAGAGAGGAUCUCAUUCUACUGUUUACUCUUCUAGCGGUGGCCCCGGCGCAUCGCAAUACCUCACACACACCCAAGGUUCACAUUCCUCGUCCGCCAUGUCCUCCUCCAUGACCUCCAGCAGACACACCAUGCCAGGGAUGCAACGCGUAUAUUCGUACCGCCAGACGGUCACUUCGCAGAACAUGCCGAUGACACAGUCUGAGGUCACAGGCAGUGCGUCCUCAGGGAAAUCUUGGGGCUCGAUGAUGUCCUCAGGGAAGUCAUGGAACAGCAAGUCUUGGGACAGUAGCGGGAACAUGGAAUGCGGCUACUUCAGCAUGAACUGCAACGUGGUUUUCGGUCCUUUUAAACAGACCAAAGUGUGUAAACCAAUUCACAUUGCCAAGAUCUGUUGCUGCUAAUUUUUCUUUUUUUUUUCCACAAUCCUUCUCAGAAUAAACAAUAUCGUUAUUUUGAUAAUAACGUUAUAGUUACCAUUAAACACGAUGCGAGGAAGUAAACAAAAGCAUGGUGAAUUCUUUGACUGUGGGAUUCAUACAACGUUAUAUCAACAGAAGUGCAAAAGGAGCCAAAAUGUUCAUAUACGUCACCAAUUGCAGUUCAACUUACCUGUUUGAGGGCGUAGUUAUGAAUAUUUCCAAAGGCUUCCGAAAUCAUGCUAUACAAUUCUCUAUAUGUUAAAAAAAAUUAUAUACGAUAUAUAUUCCAUUUGACUGUGAUGAAGUGUUGAUGAAGUGUAAUAUUAUAUUUCAGGUUAGAAGUCUGUCACAAUCGUUAUCAAAAUGUUUUAAUUUGUAUUUCUUAUAGAUAUGAUAUAACAGAGUGUAUUGCAAGAAAAGUCUCUGACUGUCGAAACAGCACGUGUGUAGACAAUGCAAUAUACAUUAUAUCAUGUUUAAAUGCUUCAGAUUUAAGCAUUUUUUAGGUUUAAGAUUUUUCUAGAUUCAAAUUUUCAUUAUAUUUAUAACUUGACUUUAAAGUUGCUGCGGAAUCUAUAGAUUUGUAUAAUGGCUAUAAAGUAUUGCCAUUAAAAGAUUUACAUAU